AUGGCCACCACAACCUCCUCCUCAGCACACUCCUCCUUCGCCCACCACCGGCCAUCAAACCUCUCCAUCGACAUGCCCAUCGCAACAUCCUCAGUCGUCAACAAGACCGCCUCCAGAUCCGCAUCCCUCUACCAUAACUGUCUCCAAACCAGGGCCCUGCUCAGAAGAGUCCCGGGCUUCGAGCAAGGCCCAUGGAUCACCGAAACGAGAAACCCAAACAGUCUGCUCAAUGACUCGCCUACCGACCCCAACACCCCGCACUCCAAACACUCCUCCAAUCCACUCGAUCCAGUCACCCAGACCCUCGAAAAAUUAUAG